GGCCAAAAAUGGUGGCCAGAUAACCCAAAUAUAAUUAAAUAUUUGGAUCUUUCAGUUAAAAAAAUCACAACUAGACACCAUCUAAAGGAAAGAGAACCUACCACCAAGAACAACUAGACACUAAAAGACAACAUUUGUUUUGCCUACAAUGCAUCAAGCUAGCUAGCCGGCAAACAAUUAAAAGGCCGGCCAAAAUAAACAAAUGGAUAUCCAUCGGUGCAAUCAAAAGUCAAAUGCUCAAUGGAUCCGAAGAUGCUUUUCCUCACCAUAAAGUAAUGCAGAUGAUGAACUGAUCGUCUCAUCGGCAUAUGCAAGUCAAGCAAAGCUACAUCUCGAGAUGGCAGCGGAGCCUCUCUCCAAUGGCGCCGCCCACCAGUCAGUGCCUGGACGCUACAUACUCCCGGUGCACAAGAGGCCGUCUUCUUCCGUGAAGGGCAAGGUGGCGCCGCCGGUGCUGCCUAUAGUUGAUCUUGGCGGAGACGACGACGUCAGGAUCGCCGAGGAGAUCUUCCGUGCAGGGCGGGAGUUCGGGUUCUUUCAGGUGGUCAACCACGGCGUGCCGGAGGAGGUGAUGGGCGCCAUGAUGCGCGCCGCGGAGGAUUUCUUCGGGCUGCCGGCGGAUGAGAAGAUGGUGUACUACUCGACCGACGGCAAGAAACUCCCGCGGUUCCACACAAGCACCCGGAACGGCGACGGCGAGGAGUUCCUGUACUGGCGGGACUGCCUCAAGAUUGGCUGCCACCCGCCGGAGUGGCCGCACAAGCUCGGGGCGGCGCUGGAGCCGUACACGGCCGCCGUGACGGCAGUGGCGCGGCGCGUUCUGCGCCUCGCCGCGGUCGGUCUGGGGCUCGAGGAGGAACACUUCGAGGGGUCACUCAGCGGCGGCGGGAUGAUGAACGUGAACCACUACCCGCCGUGCCCGGACCCGAGCCUCACCCUCGGCACCGGGCCGCACUGCGACCCCGGCCUCGUCACCGUGCUCAUGGAGAACGUCGGCGGCGGCCUACAGAUGCUGCUCCACGGCGACGGCGAUGCUGGCGGCAGCGGGAUGUGGGUAGACGUGGAAGCCGCGCCGGGGGCGCUGGUCCUCAACUUUGGCCAUCAGAUGGAAGUGAUCAGCAACGGACGCCUGCGCAGCGGCGAGCACCGGGUCGUCACCGGCGCGCGCGCCGCGCGGACCUCGCUGGCUUCGUUCGUGUGGCCCGAGCUUGAGUGCGCCGUCGCGACGGCGCAGGAGCUGGUGCUGGCCCCAGGUGAGGUGCCUCUGUACAGGCCCUACUCGUACGGCGAAUUUCUCGGCGUGUACGUCGCCGAGGCUGGGCACAGGGACGCCGUCAUGGCGCAUUUCAAGCACUGAUCACCUGUCAGCUUAAUUUCUUGCACAUGCAUUUCUUCUUCCAGCAAAUCUGAGCAAAGGUUUUUCUUAUGGUGUCAGUAAAGUUUUUCGAAGUUGAUUUUCGGACAGAAAUUAUAACUCAAAUGGGUUAUAUUCUUGUUCCUGAUGGUGUAAUUGUGGAUAUGUCUCAGUAGAUGAUAUAUUCAUUUGAUCUUGCAUGAAAAUUUAUAUAAUUUUUUUACUUUCAGUUA